GUUUGGGCGUAGUUAUGUUACCAUCAAUAUUAGCAGCGAGUGGUUGGAUCGGCGGAAUACUAGUGGUAUCUCUGGGAUGCGUAUUUGCCUUAUUCGCAUUAUCACGUUUAUAUUUGGGAAUCGCAUUGACGCCGUCAUCGAAGGGACCAGUGUAUAC